AUGUCUUCUGAUGAAUUUUCAAAUAAAAAAGAAACAAGGUUACAUGAUGAACUUCAAAAUGAUUAUUUUUAUUAUGGUGAUAAUGAUGAUGAAUCAAUAAUCAUUGUAGUUCUUGAUUAUAUUAAUAAUAAUAACGAAAAAAUUAUUAAUAAUAAAAAUAUUACUAAAAAGAUCAAAAAAGUUUUUAUAGAUAAUUAUAUUGAUAAAAGUUUUAAUGAAAUAAAAGAGAAAUAUUUUAAAAAUUUAAAGAAUCUAGAUUGUGAAUUUAAUACUGAAUCUGCUAUUGUUUUUAAUGAAUUAAAGACUCAAUUUGAGAUUGAUAUUGGGGAUAAAACAUUUCGUCGUUUGAAAAGAAAAAAUUCGAAUAUAGAUGAUGAAAAGUUUUUUAAACAAGUUCAAGAAGAAGUUCAUGAUACAAUUUUGAAUUAUUCAUCAGUGAUAUUAUGUUAUGAUAUUGAUGAUGAUAGUGUUGAAUUCGAAAAUUAUAAAAAAUCUGAAGAAUUUAGAUAUUUGAAAAUAAUAAGAAAUAAAAAUGAUGAAGAGGCAGGAGAAGAAAUUAAUAGAUUAGAUGAAAAAUUGUUAAAGAACAAGAUUAUUUCAAAGGAAAAUAUAAAAGAGAUUAUUAAAUAUUAUAAAAGAUUAGUUGAUUUAGAAUUUAAUGAUUUUGAAUUAAAAGUUGAUUGGGAAGAAUUGAUUUAUGUUUUAGGUGAUGAUGAUGUUCAAGUUCAACAAAAAUUUGAUGAGUUUAAACCAUUUCUUGCAAAAUAUGUAUUUUUGACAAAUGUAAAAUCAUUUGAUAAUUUAUAUAAAAAAUAUGACGAUGCAAAUGAAUUAUAUGAUUUAAUUAAUUAUAUUGUUGAAUUUGAUAUUGGAGGAAAAAUCAAAAUUAAUAAGGGUGAUAAAGAGAAAUUUUUCAAUAUGGAAUGGGAUGUAGAAUUUAAAAAUAGCUUUACUGAAAAAGAGAUUAAUGAAAAAGGAGAGAUGUUUGUUAAUGAAGAAAUUAUUAAAAGAGGAGAAAUUUUUACUAAAGAUACGGAUAGUGAAUAUCUUGUUAGAGAUAGAAAGGUUUAUUGGAGAUGUAAUUUUUCAAAUAAUAAAAAAGAAAUCUUGAAACAAUUGGAAGAAAAAAAAUAA